CAGUUCAAAUGCGCGGGAAUCUGAAAAUGCAAUGCGUGAUGUAUUAAGAUCGGCUCUACAUGUAUUAGUAAUGGAUGCCUUCGCAAAUUUAGGUACAUUAGCAUUUCUCAAGGCCUAUCGUGGUGAAAAUAUCCAAGUGAUUGAUAAUAAAUUUCAGUCUCUUAUAGGUAAGACUAUUGAAUAUCUUUCCGAUCUAAAUAGUGGAGCUAAAGCUAUGCGAAUAGGGUUUGAGUAUUUGAAGCAAGCUCGUGCUUAUUACGGAGAUAUGGAUGGAAAACAACGAAAAAAUGACUUCUUAGAUAUUAAUACAGCUUGA